AAGAAAAAGAUAACGAAAAGAAACUCCGGUCCGUGGAAUUUUGCCUUUUUUACCCUUUUAUCUGAUGCGUUUACUUUUGAGUUUAAAGGAUUGAGUACCGGAGAGUCACCUUUUUAACAUAUAAACGUUUUAAAAGCUAUACAUUGCAAUCGGGUUCUUAACAGAACAGGUUCUCGUGUAGCUUGUAUAAUUUUAGCUAUGAAUGGACAUGCUGGUAUUGAUACGGUCGAAGCUACUGAACAUCUAAAAAAUAUCUUGAAAGUUGGAAAGAGUGAAUCAGAACCCGCAUCCAAUUUAAAGCUGGUUGCAAACGGAAAUAUGGAAGCUUCCGGGGAUGGAAACUCUAUUUUGAAUGAAGUACCAUGUCAAAAAGUAGAACUAUGUGCUAACAAGGAUUGCUCUCACAUAUCACUUUAUGGAACCAGUAUUGAUAUUUAUUCCAGCCCACUUGAGUUUGAAGCAACAUGUAGCCAGAUUAUUGUUGAACAUAUGGUGGAUUAUGGAUGGGAAGAAAAAUAUUACUAUGGGAAAUUGAUAAGCAUUCAUUUAAGUGGACUAUACCUUGCAUAUGUCUUGAAGCCAGGAGGAGGUAACAAGCCAGGAUAUGUUCGCCUUUUAAGAAGGCAUUUGGAUUUGAGAUACCUUAUCAAAGAUUAUAAAAAUGAAGUUAAAGAUAUAGCUUUUGCUCAUACUACUUCCCAAAUACUUUUAGGAUCGGUAGAUUCAUGUGGUGAACUAUUUGUUCACAAGAUAGAUGAUGAUGGCUCUUCAAUAUCAUGUAAUCUACUGAUCCGUAUUCUCAGAUCUCCUGACUGGACACCUAGUGAGUAUAAUCGUGUUAUUUGGUGUUUGUACAUUCCAGAUGAAAAUGACAAUGCAGAAGAAGAUGCAGGUAGUGACGAUGUUAGCACAUUGCUAGUGGUCACACAUAAUGAACGAGCUGAGAUUUGGAAUAUAAAUACGGUAAUAAAGGAGCAUGGUCUUGGAAACUUAACUUUGGAUGAAGUCAAAAUAGGAGUUCAAGUAAUAUCUGAACAUAAGAAGCCCAUAUCAGCUGCUACUUUUUCUCCUGAUGGAACUGCAUUAUCAAUAGGUAGUUUGGAUGGUAUAGUACAAUUUUUUCAAGUCAAUACGUUGGAAAAAGACAUAUCUCCAAGAUGUCUUCAUCAGUGGGUACCUCAUCCAGAUAAAUCUCUUUCAUCUCUGUACUUUUUGGACAAUCAUAAAAAUCACAGGCCAGAUGUUCAGUUUUGGAAGUUUGCUAUAACAGGUGCAGAACAUAAUACGGAAUUGAAGGUUUGGAGUUGUGAAACUUGGGCAUGUUUGCAGACUAUUAGAAUACAUCCAAAUCCUGAUGACCAUAUAAUGCCAUGUUUGAAAGCGGAAAUAGACUUGUCGUCAAAAUAUCUCUUCCUGAGUGAUAUAAGGAGAAAGGUACUUCUGGUAUUAUUAAUUUCUCAGGAUCUUAUAGCAAGCCAUGCUGGUAUAUGCUCCCUUUCAGAAUACAGAGUUCCUUUGCCUGUUCUGAGUCUUGCUGUAGCGAAUAUUAAUUACAUCAAGUACCCAUCAUCAGGAGCUAGAAAUUCAGAUGAUGAAGGAGAUAGAGAUCAAGUAGGAGAUGUUCUGACUGAUGGCGAUGAAAGUCGUAACAAGUAUACAAUCAAACUUUUUUGGAUACAGACAAAGACAUUGCAGUCUUGCCGAAUUUUAUAUACGCCAAAACUCGAGUCACCUUUACAUUCUGUUGAUUCCGUUAGUUCUCUUUCUCAAGAUUCUUAUGUUUACAAAGACGGGUUGUCUGAUAUCAGUCUUGAUUCAAGAGAACCAUCAAAUCGAAGUGCAAAGGACUUGGAUGUUUCUAUUCAGAAAGGAUUGUGUAUAGAUGAACUGCCUGUUACUAGUCCAUCAACAUCCUUGACAGCGUUGCCAUCUCAUAUUGCAACUUUUUCGAACUGCACUGAAGUGUUACUCACUCCGGAUGAUUUUACAUCACCUUCUCAUUCAAAUCUCUCAGGGCAAAAUUCCUUUUCACAUCGUGAAGAAGUAGGAAAUUCUGCAUUGAAAUGCAACUCUGGGAAUUCUUUAGUGGAUGGAAUAGAUUCUCUUCCAGUUGAAUCAAGUACUUUGCAGAGAAGGAAAUCGUCUCAACACAGUGCUACUAGUUCACCAAGUAGAGAAGUAGCUGAAAUUCUAGCACCAACAAAAGUGCUUCAUUUAACUGGUAUAUGA